AUGGUCACUAUUCUCAGUUUUCACAACAUUAAAAGGUGUGCACAUCGUGCAACCGCUGAUUUCUACGUGGAUUUCUACUACCAUCCUCGCAAUGCGGACGUGCGCACCAUCGCCCCCGAGGAGAUCGUAAAUCACCCUGACCAUCCUUCGUCCGCCACCUCGGAUUGGAACGCUUCUGGCCAGAUUCCAGUCACUGUACAGCCCGCCACUCAUGAAGUCAGAUUCAGUUCCGGAAAGGCUUACCCGAUCAUCGAGAGCAGCGACAUUGCUCAAUCUGUCUGUGAAUGGAUGAUCAGUAGCGGCGCCAAGUUCAUCGUUAUGGCUGGCUGCAAUCCGAAUCAUUUGAAGGUGUGGGCUUCUGUCAAAACCAAAUUCGUAGCAAGCGGAGUGACAAUGCCGCCUCUUGGAGGCAUUAUUCACUUGGGUCUCAUUCUCAAAGACGGAGCAUUUUCGACUACGUCUUUCGAAAAGCUUCAAGCGGUGGUCGACGUGAAGGCAAAGGGGAUCCUCAUUCUUCACAAGGAGCUCGCACAAGAGCAGCUCGAAUUUUUGUCCUCGCCUCAAGUCUCUCCUGACUCUGGUGUCAAUCCCGAGAUCAUAACCGGCCUGAGAUACACCGAGCCGGACGUCGUUGAGCGCCUCCCCUGGGGCAAGGAAUCUAUGUUUGCGCACCUGCACACGAACCGUUCUUCUUCCUCCGUCUCCACCAAGCCCCCAGUGCAGCCCCCCCUCCGCGAGCAGUUACGUGCGGAGCUCGCAUCUGCCACAAGGAAUUCGACCGAGAACUCGGUAUACUGCAUCAUCUAUUCCGCCUUCCUGCAUCGCGUCCGCGCUCUCCUUCUGAUCGACGAGAUCGACGAAGAUGUCAGCCUUAUCGAUCUCGGCAUUGACUCCCUUGUUGCGAGCGAAAUAGGGAGCUGGGCAAGAAAGGAGUUAGGGGUGCGGAUUCCCAAUUCGGUGAUCUUUGGGGGCGCGAGUGUGAGGGAUAUCGCAGGCGUUGCGGUGAGGGGGUUGGAUCAAACGUGGAUUUUAGAGAAGAACGAGGCAGUUGGAGGUAAAUAA